GUAAUAUAUUGCUUUAGUCCAACUUCUAUUUUGUGCCUGUUUAGUAGGCAAAUAAUUGGCAUUUUACUUGAGAAUUAAUAAACAAAUUUGGUGAAUUGUAUGCAUACAAAAAUACGGAAAAUCAACCGCAAUACAAGCGGCCAAUAAGGUGGUAUUGUAGAGUAAAAUGGAGCGGAGUAAUUGGAAGAAUUAUGCUGGAGGAGAAUGGUCAUCGAUGCGGGAGGUGCCAUACCAGCAGCAAAAAUUCUUUCGAAAGCCUCCAAAUCGUUUGCAAUACGGUCAACACCAUGAGAGCACAUCAAUGUAUGGACGUUGGAAUGUAGCACAAGCGCAUGAAUAUCCCGCGCCCGUAUGCGCAAUGGAUGGUGGUGGUUAUUAUCGUCGUUAUUCGUUAGACGCACCACCGGAAUCUAUGAUUUAUUAUAAUAGCAAAAGAUCAGCAGCAUUUAUUGGACAACCAUUUGACGAUGAUGAUGAGAAAUCUCCUUCUGUCUCCGCCUCUGGCUCCAAUAUAUUGCUAUAUCCCCAUGCAUUGAAUAUUGCCGAUGAGCAACCACCGGACAAUGUCCGCAGCGCAUUCUAUUUUAAACAAAAGAGCACACAAUCAGCAGCUGAUGCAAAUAUUAUAAAUACAGAGCAAGUUGUACAUAAUUUGACUUUGUUCGGACGUUUUUUGGAAGUAGUGCAGAGCUGGCCAUUGCCCCAUGUUUCAUUUACAACGGCUUGUAUUUUAGUGUUGCUGGCAACUUUCAUAUCACCACGUAUAUGGGCUGAAAAUGUUAUAUUUCCUGCUUUCAGAUUAUCCUUUGGUACUCUAUAUCCGGCAUAUGCUUCAUACAAGGCUGUGCGCACCAAAAACGUUAAGGAAUAUGUAAAAUGGAUGAUGUAUUGGAUUGUUUAUGCUUUCUUUACAUGCAUAGAAACAUUUACGGACAUCUUUCUUUCAUGGUUUCCGUUUUACUAUGAGGUCAAAGUGAUUAUUGUUCUAUGGCUAUUGUCGCCAGCCACAAAGGGUAGCUCCACCUUGUAUAGAAAGUUCGUACACCCGAUGCUUACACGUAGGGAACAGGAAAUCGAUGAGUACCUCAAUCAAGCCAAAGAACGUGGUUACUCAGCAGUACUACAGUUGGGCACCAAAGGCGUCAAUUAUGCCACCAAUGUCAUCAUGCAAACUGCGCUUAAGGGUGGUGGAAACCUGGUGCAAACCAUACGACGCAGCUACAGUCUAAGUGAUCUCUCAGAACCAGAUGUACAUCGCACUCAAGACGAGAUUGACGAUGUGGUGCAAAUGCGUUCACAGCCACGUAUGCUGCGGCCUCGUACCCAGCCUGGCAUUGCGCGCUCUGCGUCCGGUACGCGCCACUCUACUGGCAUGUAUUUUUCUGAGGUGGAUGUCGUCAAAGGUGCGGAUGGUUUUAACUAUAAUAUAAGAUCAUCAGAAGACAUUAGUUCGGGUUAUUCUAGUGCGGAGCCGGUUUCUGCUGGUCUAAGUAGAACAUCUUCGAUGACAAAUGCUUCGAAAACACGUUUGAAAGCCAAACGCACAGAGAUUGUAAAUGACCCCAAACAGUUUAGACCAACAGAGCGAGAGCUCUUUCAGCCCAGUCCAUUACCUAUGCCUGGGUUUGGUCAUUUAGAAACUGAAAUAGGGUCAGAUGGUUGUGAAAGAUUAGAGAACUCUGCAGUUUUCGAUGUGCAGAAAUGCAUCCACACCUUAGAGGAUAUGCCACACGCAAAAUCUAAAAACGAAGGUGACGUCUACGCCAAGGAAGCAGCCCAGCCACAGUCAAAAAUGCAAACCAUAGAGGAGAUCAAUGAUUUUGAGAAUAGUUUUGAAAUGGAAAACGCAGAAAAUAUUAUGAAUUUCGUAAAAAUCACAGAAAUGGAAGAACAACUGACUCACAGUGAUACCACGCGGCAGCAGCAGGAUAAAUGUGAGCCUGCAUUACCUCAAGAAAGUCUAUCGUUUAAGGAUACAGAUGCGGAAGUUAAUGAAGUUGAAGUAGGAUUAACGGACGAGAUUAGUUUCAAGGAUAACAAUUCUAUUUGCAGUAACAUCGAUACCUUCAACACACUUGAAAGCAGCGAUGAGGACAAUGAAAGUGAUGAGUUUUCAGAUGCACUACCAUCAUUAGCCGACGACGACGACGGCAUUGAGCCGGUAAAGGAAGAGAAACUAACCGAUCAAACAGUGAAAGAAUAUGAAACCAGCCAAAUGCUGUACGCAGAGAAAGAAUCUGUUGAACCUAUUGCCACAACUCAAGCGGCUACUGAAGCAUCGCCGACACCCGCAGAGUUGAGCAAAAUGAGCAAAGAGAGCAAAUUCGAAAAGCCUAAAGUCAGUGCUAAACAACUACAAGACACUUUAAAAGAAAUAAAAGACAAUUUUCGUGCCACCAUUGCACCCACAACAUCGCUACCAACAACAACUACCUAUGAUAGUAGUAAAUUAUUAGUUCCACGCCUACUUACGCACAACAAAGGCAAAGCACCAGCACCGCCGUUACCACCGCGCCCCACACGUCCAGUGACAACGAACGACAAUGUGGACACUGUUAUCAGUGCAGUACAGACUCCAUACAGCAAUACCGUAGAUGCUACUAGCAUAUCAUCACGUAGUCCUUCGCCAGUGCCGCAUAAGAGCAUUUUCAAAAAUUUAAAAACGAAUCUCUUUCGUUUCACCAGCAACAGUAGUUUGGUCGAUAAGCAAAAUGAUGGAAAUGUGGAAAAAUCCACGCACGCUUCACCGCCAUAUGAAACGCAAAUAUAGGUGCAGCUACAAAAACAACAAUAAUAUACAAUAAAAACAACAUAUUUACAAGAACUUGCAGUUAAUGCAACAAAAUUUUGCUAGAACUGUUAUGUCGGCCAGCUACACCACUCUUCCACGCACCAAAAAGUCUGAGAAAGUCAUCGUAGCCAGCUCCAAAACGCGUAGCAAGUUGGAAAAAUAGAAGGCAGUUAAACAGCAG